GUCUAUGAUCAACGUGCUAGAUAAGAUAAGAUAAAUGAAUUGUAAUUUAGAUAUUUACUUACCUGAGAUCAACCUUGAUGAAGCUAGAAAAAACUUUAAUGAUCAACUUAGGAUUGGACAACCUUCGUUUAGGAGUCAAUUUGAAUAUUCAUUGUACUUGUUAAACAAAGAGGAUAUAAUCAAUGCAUCUCUUCUAUUAGAGGAGCUCUAUAUUUUAUAUAGCACUCAUGUUACACGAUCACAGGAAUUAUCUUAUGUUUUGGCUAUAACAUUUUUCAAAAUUAAGAAUUAUGAAAAAGCACAAUAUUAUGCCGAUCAAUUAAUUAUGCAUUCACCUCAAUUUAGUCAUAUUACAAAAGAAAACUGUAUGCUUAUAUCAAAUACCAUUGAAUCAUCUCUAACAAAUCAACACAAAAAAAAUAAAAGAAAGUUGAUUACAGGAGCCUUUAUCACUGCCACCGCCAUACUAAUAGGUUUGAUGACCAAAAAAUUUUAGCCCUUAAUUUAAAGGUUUUUUAAACAUGCUCAAAGAAACUUCCUGGUAUAUAUAUAUUAAUUUAUAUAAUCUCUCAACCUUAAUUAUUUUUUAAAACAUCCCUUCAAUCAAACACCUAUAUAUUAUAUCAAAGGCAUCCAUAUUAUAUGAAUAUUUAAAUUUCAAAAAAAAGAUAUUAUAAUUUAUAGUUUAGUUUUAGGUCUUAAAAUUAUUUUCCAUGUAUUAUGGUAUAGUAUUUUUUUUCAAUCAAUUUAAUGUUUUCUUAAAUUAUUAUAAAAAUUACGGUAUAUGCAAACUAUUUUUUUGAAAAAAUGAUGCUGCUCUUGUUUUGAGUCACUUGUAAAUCAUUAUUUAUUUAUGAGAUUUAUAUAUUUUUGAAUUAUGAAACGUAAAAAUAAUAUAAUAUAUCAAAACAUAAUAUUUUUUUUAAAAAAAAACAAUUUUUUAAAAUUAUUAAUAAAUAAAUGAUCGAA